CUCUCUCUCUCUCUCUCUCUCUCUCUCUGUUGACGCCAUUAUAUAUAACUCCAUUGCCGAAGAGCUUGUAAGCUUCGAAUUUACAUUUUCCCGUGUUUAAAGAAGGAAAGAACCUAAGAAUCAUCGUUCUGAGGACAGAAGAGAAUCAACAGAAGAAGAUUCGAGAGAAUACAAUCGGAAAGUUUCGGCAUUUCUGGAAAAUUUUACAGUUUGGGGAUAAACCCCGUUAUCUCUGACUUUGUCUUCAAGAUUUGUAUAUUUUCGGAUUGAAGAUCUGAAGGUUUCUGUUGAAUGGGGAUCUCUUUCUCUUGCCCGUUUGCGGAGCACAACGAUGUGGAAGCUGUUUUGGAAUCAGUCAAAGUGAAGUCAAUAAGUUUCGGAGAUGAUGAGUGUAAAACUCCGACAAGAUCUGUCAGCUUCAACGACGGAACUCUGGAACCCACGAUUCUGAAAUCUAUGGGAUCCGGUAAAAUGGUCGUGGAGAAAUCCGUUAGCUUCAAAGGGAGGCAACUGCAGAGGAUGAUCUCUCUCAACAGGUCUCUUCCAAUGGAGGAUCAUAAGAAAGACGAUGUCUAUGAGAUGGAUAUUGCUAGAGAAUUGUCUCUCUUGGAUCUGAAAAACCCGAAACACGAGGCUGCCAUCAAAUUGCAGAAAGUUUACAAAAGCUUCCGCACCAGAAGAAAGCUAGCUGAUUGUGCAGUUCUUGUCGAGCAAAGCUGGUGGAAGCUCUUGGAUUUUGCGGAGCUGAAGAGGAGUUCUAUAUCGUUCUUCGAUAUCGAGAAACAUGAAACUGCUAUUUCUCGGUGGUCAAGAGCGAGGACCAGAGCCGCUAAGGUCGGUAAAGGUUUGUCAAAGAAUGGAAGAGCUCAAAAACUCGCUUUACAACACUGGCUAGAGGCGAUUGACCCGAGACAUCGGUAUGGACACAAUCUGCACUUCUAUUAUAACAAAUGGCUCCAUUGUCAGAGCAGAGAACCCUUCUUCUACUGGCUUGAUAUCGGAGAGGGGAAAGAAGUGAAUAUCGUGGAGAAAUGUCCCCGGUGGAAACUUCAACAGCAGUGCAUAAAGUACCUUGGUCCGAUGGAAAGAAAGGCUUAUGAGGUGGUUGUGCGAGAUGGGAAAUUCUUCUACAAGCAAAGUGGAGAGAUUCUUCACACAACUGCUGCAGAAGAUAUUGAUUCUAAGUGGAUUUUUGUCCUCAGCACGUCAAAGGUUUUAUACAUCGGGAAGAAGAAGAAGGGUACGUUUCAGCAUUCGAGCUUCUUGGCGGGAGGAGCCACUGCUGCAGCUGGAAGAUUGGUCAUUGAAAAUGGUGUUCUUAAGGCUGUUUGGCCACACAGCGGGCAUUAUCAGCCUACAGAAGAGAAUUUCAUGGACUUCCUUUCCUUCCUCGGAGAGACCCGUGUUGAUAUCACCGAUGUGAAGAUGAGUCCAACGGAUGAGGAUGAGUUCUCAAUUCACAAGCAAAGAAGUACUCAUCUAAGAAACCACUCGUUGGAAGAAGAUUUAACACAAGAGUUGGACUGUGUAGAGACCGAGAAUAGCAGUAUCUGUCACGAGAAAGCCGGUUCAAGAGAAGAAGAAACAACUCUGGUGAUGAAACAUUCCAAGUCCAGAAAGUUGGCCAAUCUCGAAUUACCGAAAAGGGUCGAAUCUUUCAGCGGAUUUAGUGAAGAAAACCGAUCCAUGGACCCAAAUCAUAGCCAAAUCUCUGAAGGGUAUGACUCGGGAGAUGAAGAUGAGGAAGAGAUGCUUGAAAUAGACCAAGAAUCAAAGCCAGUGGAAUCGAACUCACCCAGAGAAGAGAACGGGGAGAUUCCAGAAGAAUCAAUCCUUAAGAGGAUAAACUCCAAGAAAGAGACGAGAUCUUUCCAGCUGGGGAAACAGCUAUCAUGCAAAUGGACAACAGGGGCAGGGCCGAGGAUCGGUUGUGUAAGAGAUUAUCCAUCCGAGCUUCAGUUUCGGGCACUGGAACAAGUGAACUUGUCUCCCAGAAGUGCACUGUCCAUCUCCAGAUCUUGUUUCUCUCCCCAAACCCAUCACGCUUCACCGAUGUGGAGAGGAUCUUCUCUGCCUGCAGGGAUUACACGCCAUGACUGAGAAGUUUUACUCAGAAAACGUUUUCCAGUUCACUAUAUUCUUCUGAUCUAUUCUUUUUGUGUGAAUAGAGAAGAUGACAUAGGGAUUCUUUUUUCCACUUUUCUUCUUCUUUAACAUUUUACAGGAUUUCAUUUGUUCAUUCAGUUUCUUGUUGAUCAAGAAAUUGCAUAAAUGUAAGAUUAUUUCCUUUUGAACAUUUGUUCUCUUUGGCAAGUUUGUAAUAGACAACUGAGGGUGAGAACAAGAGAUCUUAGA